UAUAGCCUUAUACAUAAAUAAAGAUGGAGGAUUGACUAAUUUACAUCCUAAACACAUACAACUUAGACGUUAUUUAUUGAGAUGAUGGGCAUCUCUGCUCAUUGACAGUUUAUACCAUUCUCCCUAUAGUGAAUAAUUCACAUAGUUGGAUUGUUUAGUUUUCGAUAAUUAUGGAGGGAAUAAAAUUAGGUUCUCGGGAGCAGCAAUAUUAUGCUGAAUUAUUUCAGGCCUGUGAUGUAGAAGGAAGUGGAAAAAUAACAGGCCCAAAAGCAUCGGAACUUUUUCUUGCAUCAGGAUUGAAUCCAGAGAUUUUAAAGCAGGUAAAAAUAUACCAUGUUUUGAAAAUAAAUAACGGAAAUUUUUAUUGUUUUUUCUGUGCUCACUUUUUAAUUGUAAAGGCCCCUGCCCUCUAUUAUUGACUAGACCCCACUGCCACUAAAAUUAAUAAAUAAUAAAGAAGACAAAUAAUAUUAUAACUACAACAAAAAACAACAAAAACAAUAUACACUGAGUGCCUGAUACCAAUAUUAUUAGUAUAUUAUGUCUACUAACGUUAAAGUAAUUUGGGUGGGUGAGGUCAAGCUUUUCACAAAUUGUUUAAAAUUAUAAAACUUAUACGUUUCUUUAACUGUAAUUGCUAAUUUUUAUGUGAAGCACCGUGAGCCUAGCCCUAGGCUGGGGUACUGCGCUAUAUAAAACCACCUAAUAAUAAUAAUAAUACAUACAGGAUUGAUGGUGAUGACACCCCCAAUGAGUCUUUAACUUAAACAUAUAACUAUAUAUAGUUUCCAUCAAAACCUUUGCCUUGCUGGCUACAUUAGAAUUAACCCUCUUGAAAUGAAGCCCUAUUUAAGUUUUGAACUGUCUGUGCAAAGAAGAUGAAGCCCUGUAUGGAGCCAUGCACUUAAUUUGCAAAAAAAAAAAUUUAAAACAUAAACUAAUUACUUUACAAAUAUAAAAUCAACGUAAAAUAAACCCCUGGGACUUAAUAAGCAUUUUGGCAUAUUUCAAGGUCACAUAUUUUUUUUACAAAUUAUAUAGGGGUCACUAGGUACUAUAAAGAAAAUUGAUAUGAAAUGACUAAACAACGUUAACUAUCGAUGAAAGCUGCCAUUGAAAUGGCGAGAUGAGCAAGAAUGCGAGAAGCCAUCUGAUUAGCUGGUACGAAGAUCAGCCAGCCAAUCUCAAGGUUUUUAUUUUUCAGGUGGACGGAUCACUCUUUUGUCUUUUCCCCCAUUACACUCUGGGCCCAACCGUCAAUGACAGCAACCUCUUUUUAACAUAUAACACUAUUCUGACUGCUGUUAACUAACUGCAAUAAUACCCAUCUUUUAAUUUGUGGCUAAUAAAAAAAAGUUAAUUUAAAUAUUCUUCUAUGGCUAUGAUUACUGUUGACAUAUAUGUUUACGAACUAAUUAAUCAAACAAAACUUACAAAUAAAUGAACAUGAACUACAUUCUGUUAUAUAAUUUGCAGACAUACAAAAAAAAAUUGAAAUUGAAUUAAAAAAAAAAAAUUAAUUUUUAAACCUAAAUUGUCAACAUUGACAAUAGUAUGCACCGGAGCAGUGGUUCUGAAACUUUUUUAGAGCCAUGACAAUUUGUGCUAUCCCAUAGAAAGGACUAUGCCAAGAAGUUAAGAAACAAGUGUUCAGAAGUAAGGGAGCAGAAAAAUACCAAAUUACUGUUCACAGUUUAGUGACAUUAAGAAAAUAUCUAAAUUAAGGGUUAAUUGAAAGAUGAUAUAAAUAAGAUAGAAGAAACAUUUAAAAAUACCUCUGAGGUUGUCAAUUGACCCCAGACAUGUUUUCAGGCGACCCUUGACAUGGUUGAUAGCUACUGUCCUAAGCGUAUUGGAAAUUAUGUUUUUCUUUAUACUCCCCAAAUCAUGAUUUAAAAGCACAAAAACCCAACUGAAAUUAAGUUAUGGGGAAGUAAAAUAUUUCAAAUUAUUUUUUUCUGGAAACAAAUGGCUAUAAAAGUCAUUAUUUGUAUUUUUAAAACAUAAAUAUGUCAUUAUUUAAUUUAUGAUCUCUCUUGAACUGCGAAGAAUGUCAGGCAUGGAAAAACACUUUAAAAAGUGACCCUUAUUAACUUUGUUUCUAUGGUACACUUCAAAAUUAAAAUGAAUGAUAAUAAUAAUGGAUUAUUGCUUUUUAAAAGCAAAACUGGAUAAUUGGUUUCAGAGCCGAUAAAAAAUUUUACUGUGACAUUCUUAUGCCUGAAAAUUUAUGUGCACUAUUUCUUUGCUAAAAUACAUCAAUAUAUUUUGUAUAAUGCUUACAGAUUUUACAAAAAGGAAAUAAGUCACAUUUUAAGUAGAAAAAAAUGUUAUUAAUUUAGAAAUCAUCUUCUUUUAAUUUUGAUUCCUCAGUGAUAUGGUUUCCUAGUUUUUCCCAUGAUUAUAGUAUUUGUAUUCUUGUUGAAUUUCACGAAAAAGUGGACACACCAUCGAAAAAUUUAAUAGCAUAAAAUUUGGUGCUAUAUUUUUUUUUCAUGCAUCUUUUUAUGGAGAAAUUUUCAGUAUCUUUGUUUUGUUUGACACAUGACCUGGUGGCCAUUUUGAAUUAAGAACAUAUUGUCUUCACAGUUUAAUAGAAAUUUUGUUGAUUAUUGUAUUUAUGUCUUAUAAAUUUAUAUUGACAAUUUUUGUAGACAAGCAUUGAAACACUCUAAUUUAUGUGUAUUUAAUUGCUACAAAAAACGUGGAACUAUCAAUAUGGUGUUUGCUGCCAAGCAGCUUCAAGAGAAAGGUUAGGAGCAAAAUACAGACCUAUAUUCCACAUUUAUCAACUUUAAUAAGGCUUUUGACAGGGUCAGUAGAGGUGGCCGUGGAAAAUCAUAUAGAAGUACGGAUGCCCAGACAAGUUCACCAGCAUCAUCCAUCAGCAGCAUGAUGGCGUGAGUGCAGGACAACAGCCAGUCAUCUCAAGCAUUCCCCGUCACAAACGGUGUGAAGCAUGGCUGUAUCCUGGCUCCCACACUCUUCAGUAUUAUGUAUUCUGCAAUGUAGUCUUAUGUGUUCAAGGACUCCAUCACGGGCUUGCCUAUCCAGUUUUGCACUGUCGGAUCAGUCUUCAACCUUAGGAGGCUUCAAGCUAAAACCAAGGUCAAACAUAACCCAUUACGGAGCUUCUGUUUGCGGACCAUUGUGCCCUCAACGCUGCCUCAGAAGCCGUCAUGCAACACAGCGUUGAUGUCUUCUCUGAGGCCUGCAAUAACUUUGGCCUCAUAAUCAACUCAAAGAAGACUGAGGUGAUGUAUCAGCCAGCUCCCAGUAAGCCCUUCGUUGAACCCAAUAUCAUCAUCAGCUGACAGCGUCUCAACGCGGUGGAUAAAUUUACUUACUUGGGCAGCACCCUCUCUAGAUCUGUCAUUACAGAUGAUGAAAUGAAUGCCAGACUCGCAAAAGCUAGUGCCAUAUUUGGCAGGGUCAGCAGCACUGUUUGGGACAGGAGAGGUAUUAGACGAGAAACAAAGAUCUAGGUCUAUAGUGCAGCAGUUCUCUCGACAUUGCUAUAUGGAUGUGAAAUGUGGACAGUCUGCCAGCGUCACGCCAAGAAACUGAACCAUUUUCACAUAACCUGCCUCAGGAAACCGCUCGGCAUCAGGUAACAAGACAAAAAGGUCCUCGCUAGAGCAAACCUUCCUAGUAUCUUCACCACCCUGAUGCAGUCUCAACUCCGUAUGGAAGACCACUGGCUCCCAAAACAGAUAUUCUUCGGAGAACUCACAAUAGGCUAGCGCUCUCAAGGAGGUCAAAAAAAGCGUUACAAAGACUCACUAAAAGCGGCACUAAAGGCCUUCAGCAUCAACCGUACUCAAUGGGUCAGACAGCCCAGGACAGAGCCAGGUGGAGAGCAGCUGUCAAGAAAGGGGAUAAAUCUCAUGAAGCCCGUAGGAUAACCGCAGGUGAGACACGCAGGCUAGUACAAAAGAGCAACAUUAGAUCACCGACUGCAGCAGCUAUCCCCUGCCCGCGGUGCGAGAGAUUAUUCCGAGCAAGGAUCGGUCUAACAAGCCACCUACGAGCUCACCGUAACCCACCCUCCCCCCAACUGGAUGACUCUAUGGUCCUAGUUGAUUUUGACGGACGAACAACAACAACUGCUACAGUGAAAAAUUUGUAAUUUUGUAAGAGAAUUGACAUUGUUGUUCUGUUUUUGAUUGCUUGCAUUCAUACAUGUCAGUUACAAAGUCAUGUUACGUCAAUUACAUUAUUUUGUCUGUGUUUUUUUAAAAAGUAUGCUUUCUGAGUAGUUUUUAAAGGUUUUCCUUACAAUAGGAAACACUGUAGAUAAUUCAUUUGGAAAAUAUAUUUCAAUGAAUGCAGAUUUCAGAGGAAAUCCACAAAAAAGAUGCUAACUCAAAUAUUAUGUCUUUUCUAUGUUAUGUCAGUUACAACUCCAAAAUUUAUUAUUUUUACUAUUAUGCUUAAUAUAUUUUUAUAAAUGCUAUAGUUUUAUAAUUUACCACCUUUCGACGUAAACCAUGUAUAGUUCAAUCGAAGCACAUUAAAUGGCGUUUUUCAUUUAUACUGGAUGCAAAGUGAAAUUAUUUUUUGUGUCAAUUACCCAAAAUUAUAUUUUUAUGAUGAAAAUCACCUCUGACAGCUUGGCCCAAUAUUCAACAAAUUAAUCUUUUUACAGAUAACUGAACUAUGUGGGGCAAAAAGGUUGGGUCAUUUUGGACGCAGUCAAUUUUACAUUGCCCUGAAAUUAGUUGCACUGGCUCAGUCAGGGCAGCCUGUCAAGUUGGAUACUUUAAACUCUGGUGAGUAGAUAUAAUCUUUAUUUUCAAUGACCGCUAUACAUUUGUGAUUCGGGCAACUAAGAGUAGAAGCCGCCACUUUCAAUAGUUUGUUACCUUGCUGCUCAAGCAGUAAUAAUCAGUUUACAAAAUGAAACAAUUUUUUCUUUUGUUUGUAACAUUGCCUGUACUUUGUGUGAGUUUGAAUGGACCUUGAUUAGUGAAAAUUGUGAGAGGAAGCGCAAGGAGAGUGGAGUGGAGAGAACGCAUGCAGAGAGUAUAACAAAUCUCUUGCUGCCCUCUCGGAUACUACAUUUCAGCUAAGUGUUAUUUUUUUUUAAAUUCUGUUUUGAUUGUUGUUUGUUCUCUGAUGAAGGCAUUUUGCCGGCACAUUUGUUGUUUUGUUGAUUUCCUUUUUUUGUCAGGUUUUCCCAUACUUUGUUUCACACAUUUCUUUUUUUUUGCUAAACUGAUUUCAGUCCCUACCCCUUAUUUGCAAGAAAACAGGAAGCCAGUUAAAUGCCUUUUAAAAAAUACCCAUGUCUGUCUACUCCCCCCCAUUCCCCCUCUCUCUCUCUAUCUUUUUUACCUGCAAAGUUUCCCCUCACGCAAAGCAGACCGUUUACUUUUCCCAGGUAUCAGAAAGCCCGUAAGACGGCAUAUACUGACAUGUAAUACCUCCACCCUCUCCCGCCCCUAAUCUGUCAGCAUUUGUCUGACUACAUGUACAUUAUUCCACACAGAUUACAUUUAUUUGUCUGUGGCAGGCUCUCUCCACGCGCCUUCUCUCCGCGCCACUCUUCGCACGCCUUCUCUCCGCGCCACUCUUCGCACGCCUUCUCUCCGCGCCACUCUUCGCACGCCUUCUCUCCGCGCCACUCUUCGCACGCCUUCUCUCCGCGCCACUCUUCGCACGCCUUCUCUCCGCGCCACUCUUCGCACGCCUUCUCUCCGCGCCACUCUUCGCACGCCUUCUCUCCGCGUCACCUCUCAAAGCUACUCUCCUCACGCCUCCUUAAAUCCUCACGCGCCCUCCUGGUUCCCCAUGCCUCUCUCCCCUCAGGCCUCCCUGCCCAGGUCUCUCUUUCGUCCACCCACUUUACUCAUCCCUGUGCACUGCUCUGUCUAAUAUUACAUGGCGCUCUCUGCGUGUGUGUGUGUGUGUGUCAUUCAACUUUCACAAAUAUUCUAAGGUUAAUGCUUGGCUGGGAAGUGGGAAAACAAUCAUUACCGAUCUGUGAUACGCACUUAGCAUUUAACGUCACGAAAGUUAAGUCUAUUUGGGAUAGGAUGAGAGCAAAAUAAUUCCAUGUCUUACUAAAAGUUGGUGACGUGAUAUCUUCCACGCUAAGACUAUCCUCGGUCUCUCUUUCAUUAUGGGCAAGUAAUCCCUGUAGGUUUUGAGUUUUCUUUUUAAAGUUUCGUUAUGUGUGCAUUACCCCCCUUAAGUCACCGCGGGGCGACCUGGCCUCCACUGUUCUGAGCCUGGUUGUGUAACCGCCCUUUCUGUUUUAUCUAUAACUAGUCUCAGCCCGCUAUCGUCUCACUCAGUCUCUACAUGGUCGCUAUUAUGGUGCUCUCUCUCUCUCUCACCCCCACCUCCCCAUACUGGGUAGCCCCAUCACCCACAAGGCCACAACUAACAGUUCUCAAACUGAGUAAUGUAGAAUGCUAUUUUUAAAUUUAAAGAACUCCCGUAGCUUAGGCAUGCUUGGUGAGAAAUGAUAGUGUUGGCCAAGUGUAAUGCAUAGUAUGGGCCAUAUGACGUGUAAUGGAUAGCAUUGGAUAUAUGACGUGUAAUGGAUAGCAUUGGCCAUGAGAAGUGCAAUGAAUAGUAUUGGCCAUAUGAAGUGCAAUGGAUAACAUUGGCCGUAUGACGUGCAAUGGAUAGUGAAGGAAACGAGAAGUGUAAUGGAUAGUAUUGGCCAUAUGACGUGAAACGGAUAGCAUUGGGCACGAGAAGUGCAAUGGAUUGUAUUGGCCAUAUGAAGUGCAGUGGAUAUCAUAGACCAUCUGAAGUGCAAUGGAUAGCAUUGGCCACAAGAAGUGCAAUGUAUGGUAUGGGCCAUGAGAAGUGCAAUGUAUGGUAUGGGCCAUGUGAAUUGUAAUGUAUAGUAUGGACAAUGUGAAGUGCAAUGUAUAGUAUGGGCCAUGUGAAGUGCAAUGUAUGGUAUGGGCCAUGUGAAGUGCAAUGUGUGGUAUGGGCCAUGUGAAGUGCAAUGUAUGGUAUGGGACAUGUGAAAUGUAAUGUAUAGUAUGGGCCAUGUGAAGUGUAAUGUAUAUGGGUCAUGUGAAGUACAAUGUAUAUGGGUCAUGUGAAGUGCAAUGUAUGGUAUGGGCCAUGUGAAGUGCAAUGUAUGGUAUGGGCCAUGUGAAGUGUAAUGUGUAUGGGUCAUGUGAAGUGCAAUGUAGGGUAUGGGGGCAUGUGAAGUGUAGUGUAUAAUAUGGACAAUGUGAAGUGCAAUGCAUGGUAUGAGCCAUGUGAAGUGCAAUGUAUGGUAUGGGCCAUGUGAAGUGCAAUGUAUGGUAUGGGGCAUGUGAAGUGUAAUGUAUAUGGGUCAUGUGAAGUGCAAUGUAGGGUAUGGGGGCAUGUGAAGUGUAGUGUAUAAUAUGGACAAUGUAAAGUGCAAUGUAUGGUAUGGGCCAUGUGAAGUGCAAUGUAUGGUAUGUGCCAUGUGAAGUGCAAUGUAUGUUAUGGGCCAUGUGAAGUGCAAUGUAUGGUAUGGGCCAUGUGAAGUGCAAUGCAUAACUUACUUUAUAAACAAACCACUGUCCACGAUAUUGUAAAUAUAAGUAAUUACAGUAAUAAAAAUCAAUGCAGAUUACACGAAGAACAGACUUGUACUGGUCCUCUACAGUGUAAUAAGUAAACAGACAAUGCUGGUAUUAUUUAUGAUACAUUUAAAGGCAAGACAUGGCUGUAUGUGUGCAGGCAAAUUACUUACCAAUUAUAUACAUUAAAUUGUAUCCCUUUGACAGGCCCGUUUAUUGAAUAUAAUACUGGACCAUAGAAGAACAUUGGUCGGGGCUGUAUGGAGAUGCUGGAUCCCCUCCAACCUAAAAAAAUAAAUAAAAAAUACUAAAAGAUUUUUCGUGACUUGGCCUGUGGCGUGAGACCCGUUGCCAUCAACUGGUGUAGCCCACUUGAUUACAGUAACGAUCGAGUUCCUAUAUUUGGGAGCUCUCAGUGAACUGUUUUAGCACAGACUCGCUGGUGUGGAGGCGACCCUAGGAAUGGCACUGGGCUGUUUUCAUGAUAUCGAGUUUCAUCCACAGAAACUCGACCAACCUAAUCAAUAUUGCAAAAGGUGAUAAAUUGAGUUAUCGCAUUAUAGGACUGUUGGUUAUCAGGAUUUGAAAACCCAGGAUUCUAACAAAUAUUAUUAUUGGUGAACGCCGAUUGUUUCUUUCUUUGGGUGUCUUGUUCUAAAUAAAUAUUGCAUGGGUCCUCAAACUUUUUUAAAAUUAAGGAUCAUUUCGGUGCCCAUUAGACCAGCGGUUCUCAGCCUGGGGGUCGCACGACCCUUUCCCAGGGGUCGCCUAAGACCAUCUGAAAACACAUAUGCUCAACAGUUACUAAGUAGCAACGAAAAUAAUUUUGUGGCUGGGGGUCGUCACAACAUGAGGAACUGUAUUAAAGGGUCGUGGCAUUAGGAAGGUUGAGAACCACUGCCUUAGACUCUUGGGGGCCCGGUUCACUGUCUCUCAGACACUGUUCGGGGUCGGACUAUUGUUUGAAAAUAAUAUGAACAAAUUCCUAUGCACAAGGCACAUAUGUCGAAUGUGGUGGAAAAACAAUACAAUUUGAAAAAGGAAGAACCCUUUUAAACAAGAUCAAUUUUUGUUGUAUUUCAAUGGGAAGUAUGGGCCUGACUUUUGACAAAAUAGAUCAGCACUAUCCGUUUCCAUAUUUGUCACUGCUACCCGGGUACCCGUACGGCGGCCAUGCGGGCUGGGUUGAGGACACCUGGCGGCCCUGAUCUGGCCUGUGGGUCUUAGUUUGAGGACUCCUGAAGUAGUGGGACAAGAUAUGUUUAGGCUUGACAAAGAAAAGAGAAAACAUCUACGUAUACUAUUUGAUAAGCAGAGCCGUCACGUGACUUUUUGAGGCCUCCGGCCACUUUCCAGGUUUUGUAUCCUCUUCUUUCAAAGUCGGAUAGUUUCAUUUUGUACACCGAAUGCCACCGAGACAGCUCGUCAAUAAGCCUCCUCUUGUGAGAAAUUAAAAAUUUUAAACAUGACUUCAAUGUUAAAAGACCCAACUUGCAACGUGUUUUAUAUAACAUACCGAAUGCAUUAUUAAGCUUGUGUAUUGAGUGGGGAAAUAUUUUUUUUCUAUGCUCAAUUAAUUGCUAAUAAUAGUUUUCCCUAUUUAUUGUUCACCCACUAAGAGAUGGCAGUGGUUGGGUAGUCACUAAGGGGGGGUGGGGGGGUGUAAGAAGAAAGAACAGGGCACAGAGCUCCAGACUGGGAGGGUGGGUAAAAAAGGGCAGAAAUGGCACUAACAAUCAGGAUGAACAGAAAGAGAUGGUGGGUGGAGGUGGAGAUGCACACCAGUUUAGUCUGACAUCAGUAAUUAUACUUCUGCAAACACAUCUGUAAUAGAGUUAUUUCACCUUUAGUAACCAGUUUGCCAAGUCACAUCAGCAGUGAAUAAAUGAUAGAAACACAUUAGUGGAAGGGUUUUAAAUUGCAUCAGCAUUAAUGUACUGGUUUGGGGAAUGCCCCCCUUUGUUCCUUAAUCUUUUAGAAUCAGAUGUGGGAUACACAGGGGUGACAGUGGCAAUAUACUUUGUUUUUACAUGGUUUGGAACCUAAGUCAAGUAGGUACUACAGUGACAUGUAUAUGGAUGUGUGUGCAGUUGUUUAAUAUUUGGGAAGCCUCUUCCUCUAGUUUUUAGUGUGUGAUUAAUUGAAUGAGGAUGUAAUUUGAAGUUGUCUAUAUUAGCCAUUAUUAGCUCUGUUUUUUUCCCCCUUCUUACUAAUGAGUUAAACAAGCAGAAUUAGUUUGAAACAUCUAACAGUGGUGUGUGGUUCACAGGUUGGACAUUUCCAGAUAUGGAAUAAUAAAAAUUUUCCCCUGUUUCUAUUAUUUUCUUGAUGCUAGGCGGUUGAUUGUAGUUUUAUUUCAAAUGUCCAAUGUUUGCUGUGUUGAGAAUCAUCCAAGUGAUUGAAAGUCCACUUGAUAGCCUUAAAAAAUACUUGUAUUUCUGUUGAAUUGAUAUUUUGUAUUUAGUCCAGAGUUACAGGUUGGAUAUAGUUGUUAAGUUCUACCUUAGUUCAGGAGGUCCAAAUGGGAUUGGACCACAACUGCUCUAAGUCAAUAUAAAAUUGACACUCAUGUAAUAUCUGUUUAGUUUUAUGGUACUGAACUGUACUUUUAUACAUGGACAUAAUUUAUGUGCGAGAAAUUAAACAGCUAAUUUGAAAUUUUUAAAAAAUGUAAUACGAAGGAUAUCACGACAUAUUUCCCAUCACAAGUCAGUGAUCUAACUUGUCUAUCUGUCAUUUCUUGUGCUAGUAAAAUUUUGUAUGAGCAUCAGGUGAAAUAUUCAUCAUGAUUUUAUUCUACAUUUCAGGGAAAGAGGUUCCACUGCCAAAGUUUUCUUCUAAAGGAAAUGAUCAAGGUAAGCUAGUGAAAUAUAAUUGGCUAACUGGAAAGUCAGCCAUAAAUAAACUAUCAUUUAUCAUGUUUAUUUGUAUGGAACCACAAUCCUUCCUUGAUCAUGAGGUCCAGACAGGUCCCUGUCAGAUCAAACAUUUAUAUUCUGGAUACAAAACCAAUCAAUAUCACAUGGAUUAUAUGCUGACACUAAUUUUUUUGUAAAUUUCACAAGUUUCUCCCUUCCUUAUCUUUCCUCUGAAAAAUGUAUUGUUUUUUUUCUAUAAGUGUAUUACUAUUUUCCUAAAUGUGUGACUGGGUGAACAGGAGAAGUUAGUGAGAAUAUUGGUUAGUGGAAUCUGAACUUUUCUGUUCCCAAUUUAUUAAGAAUGAUAACUUUUUUAAAAUGUAUUUUAUGAGUUAAAAAUUUCAGUUCCAUUCAAUAUUUGUUUCAAUAAUCUGCUACUCCAUGAAAUACAAAAUGUUUUGGGUUUAAUUCCACCAGCUAGUGGGUGUGGACCGCAGGUGCACUAAAUGAUAAUUUAACUGUGCUCACCUUUUGUGUUGCCAUUUUCUAGUGGUGGGGGAAACACAUGAACUUGUGACCAAAGCAAUCCUUGAACCAAGCAUCAUUAACCAGGGCAUUAAGUGAGAUUGAUUGGACCACAUCCCAGACACUCUAACUAACCUCUGACCCUUGAAGUGUUAUACCAUGACCCAAUUUCCUCAGUACAAAUAGUAAGCCAACCAUUUACCAUCCCACUUGGGUGUAGCAUAUCUACACAUUCACUGAUCCAGCUCUGUUGAUGGUUUACUAACAUCAACCAGGAUUUGUAUUGUCACAAUGUGUGUAUUGAGAUGUGACCAUGUCCCUGGGGUAGCUCUUGUCUAAGUUUGAUUCAAGAGGUUGUGAAGUUAAUUGUUAACAUUAAUUUUGCUGGAUUUGUUAGUAUUAGAAUAUAAUUGUAUUUUGUUGUGACAGUGUUAUGGUAUUGAUAUCAGUAUAUAGAGAUGUGAGGCAGUGUUAGUGUGUUGGUGUGUAUGUUUCAGUAUAUUUAGUUGUCAUACAGUGUACAUGUAUUGAGGUGUGACAAUAGGGUUUAAAGGCUAGUCUAAGGAGUGAUUUAUUUCAAAUUUGUUUAUUAAUUGACAAACCUAUUGUUAUUUAAUUUAUUGAUCCAUAAAAUAAAGAUUUUUGAACAAAAAAUCAUUUUCAUUCUCAAACCAUCUGAUUGAAAACAAAAUUGUAUUAAAAAAAUUCUACAGAGUUAUUAUAUUGUAUUUGUAAGCUUAUUUUGCAAUUCAAUUUUCUUCAUGUUUAGUACAUGAAUAGUAAUAAAUGUAAAAUGAUAUUCUGAAAUGUUUCUUAGAAUGUUAAAUUUAUUCACGUUCUUGACUCUUUAAUGUUUAGUGGCUUUGAUUUCACAACCUGUUCUAAAGAGCAAGCUAUGUGAUCAUUUCCUCAAGUUUGGUCCCAACUACUGUGCUUUAGUGUGACAGCUGAGCUAGUACAUACCAUGUGUGCUGUUGGCUAUUGGAAUGCUGUAUUUGUUCAUUUUAGGCUACAGCUGUUGCAUCAAUGUUUCUUUCUUGUAUCAUUGCAGUGGUGUCAGACAGGAAAAAGUCUUCAGGGGAACCAGACAGUGUUGGACCUGAAAAGUGAGUGUUAGAUUUUGUGUUAACAUGGCUAGAGGUGUUUUUUCCUUAAACAUGGCUAGAGGUGUCUUUUCCUUGUUGCUUCUAUAUAAAACAUCACAAGAUGUAUAGUACACAUGGCCUUGCAUGUUUAGUUUACUUUCUUUGACAAUUUGUUUCAUAUCAGUUCAACUGGUUGUUUGCUGGGGUGUUGAUUGUUUCAUAUCAAGUCAGCUGGUUGUUUGCUAAAAGAUGAAAACAUACCGUUGUCUUGGCUAUGGGGAUGAUGGUAUUAAGGUUAUCAGGGUUUAAUGGGGGUUGUCAUGAUUAUUUGGAUUUUUAAUAAAAGGGCAGUUGGAAUAUAAUUAUACUAUUUCCAGGGUUCUUAGGGUCAUUUUGAUUAUAGUAAUAGAGUUGUCAUGGCCAUGGUUGAGUAAUCUGGUUAUAAAAAUAGCUAUAUAGUUUUUAAUUGUGGGGAAAAAAAAAAAAUUAAAGGAAAAAUAAAGAAAAACAUUUUUUUUAAAACUCUAAAGAAAUAAUCAGUUUAUCAUCAAAUAUUAUAGAAGAGUAAGAUAACUCUAAAAAAAUUUUUUUUUUCAGUGGAAAAUCUUUUUUAUGGUUUGUUUGGAAAUAGGAAUUUUUUUUUAUAAAGCCUUGUAUUACAAAUAACAGUUAAAAGUUUGUUAAAAGUAAGUCAUGUUUUCAAUGCUGAAAAGGGAUAUGUUUUUAAAUAAAAAAUUCAAAAAAGUUCACAAUUUUAAGCAUUUGAAAACUUACAUUAUUAUUCUGCCAUGUUUUGAAAUGUUCAAUGCUUUAUGAUAAGUAACUAAUGCUCAGUAAAGUUUAAUUGCUGUUGAGGCGCAUUUCACUUCAUCAAUCUGAAUAAGCUUUCCAGUAAAAACCGUUAAACAAAUGUGUAAUUAAAUGAACUUAAGUAUAGUAUAAUUUUUCAGACACCCUAUUACAGUUCUUAUGAGUGAUUAUUUCAUUACAAAACUAACAUUUAAUAGAAGUUUAAUUAUUUAUUUUUACGUGAAACUACUUUAAGUGAAGGAGUGGCAUUAUCCUUGCAACACUUUGGAAUGUCUGUUUAAAAUCCAGCCUACAUUAAUUGGCUUUUGUAGAAGGAAAUUAAUAGGAAAGGCUGCUAAUGACAUUGUUAACAGUAAAAAAAACAAUUAGUGAUUGUAAUGGAUAAAUAGUGUAUAGGCAAAGAAACUCUAUAUCCUAAAGGAAAGUAACUAGAUAUCAGUUGCUGACAUUGUUUCCACACGGGCUGAUUAGCUUUAAGAUGUCUAAUGUAAGCUAGAGGCAAAUGGGCAGGUUGACAUUUACUUCUGUUUAGCUGGCUAUAGCUUUUUAGCAGGACAAUGCAUGCAUUCAAUUUUGCUUGUCUAGCUUUUUUAGCAUCAAUAAUUUCUAAAUAAUCUGAAUUUUAAAAGAUGUCCAGUGCAGAUGGAAUGAAAUGAAAAUGUUUGGGUUUGACUUGUACAGAAGUCUCAGAAAAGUAGGAAAAUAUGUAGACACAUUACACAAUAGAUAAUAAAUAAAAUAUCAGAAAUCUAGUUUGAAAUAUUAAAUUAUGAAUGUUCAUUCAUUUAUAACAGGGGAUAAAUUUACUUUUAAAAAUGCAGCAUGAGUUAAUGGAAUAUGAUGAGGAGUUGUAUAAUUAUCUAAAACCCAUUGGAGGUUUUUUUCUUCUUUUCUUUCUUUCUUUUUUUUUUUUUUUUUUGUUUGUUUUGGAAUAUAAUGCAACUAAAUGCAUUUUUGCAAACACUUACUUUAAAUUUUUGUCUUUUCUUUAACAAAAAAAAAAAAAAAAAAGUAUGAAGCUGGGUGUGAUGUUAUUUGGUGGUGACCAAAAAAAAAAACCCAAUGUUUGCUCAUUCCUCAUCAUUGCAAAUAGGGUCUGCUGUUUACUUGCACUUAACUCUGUGUACUUGGUGUUGUCACCUCUCUAACCCUAGGCACUUCAUAACCACCACAGACCACUUUAUUACCGUACAUAGCUGUUUACAGUGAAUGUUGUGAGAUGUUAUAGUCACAAUUUUUAACUAAUUCCUUACCCUAUUCUUUUUUUUCUUCCUUCUGUGUCUUAUUUAAACUAGAUCUAAAGUUCUGAAAUCUAUUUGUGAAAAAAAAAAAAACCCAAAAAAUCCAAAAUAUGUUUAAUUCCAAUAGAUCUCAAACAACAUAUUUUCAAUUUAUCUUUUAAAAAAAUCUGUAAAACAGUGAAUUGUGUUAGAUGUUAUAGUCACAAUUUUUAACUAAUUCCUUACCCUAUUUUUUUUUUUCUUCCUUCUGUGUUUUAUUUAAACUAGAUCUAAAGUUCUGAAAUCUAUUUGUGAAAAAAAAAAAAAACCCAAAAAAUCCAAAAUAUGUUUAAUUCCAAUAGAUCUCAAACAACAUAUUUUCAAUUUAUCUUUUAAAAAAAUCUGUAAUAUAUAAUCAUCUGUAUAAUGGGAAAAUAUGUUCCCUUGCUUACCCCCACCUACUCCCCCCUUCUCCAAAAGAAAAUCUGCUGUUAUUAUGUGAUAUUGAUUUCUGAUGUUUUGAACUGGAGAGCAAAUUUUUCAAAGCUCUAUGUGUGUAUAAUGCUGAGUGUAGAAAAAGUAGAGGCUUGUAUUGAUCUUAAGUGUAACACAUGCAGAGAUGGGACAGUCAUCUUCUAGCCAUGUAGAGAUCAAUGAAUUCUCACAACAUGUUUGGAGAUGGAGAUUGACUUAGUCUCUCUAGACUUGGUGACAGGACUAAAGCACAUAUUUGAAAAGGUUAUUGUACAAGUUUAUCUAACUGUGGUUUACUAGAUUUCUUGAUACCUUUCUUUAAUCAAUAGGACUUUUAAAGGUACUUAAUUAAUACUUUUUUCAGCCACACCAUCACUUAACAAGAUUACUCAUCUGUACCUGUUGGUUGUUUUUAAUUGUAGAAUCAUUCAGUCCAUAACAAUAUGUAUUAACUGUUUAUAUAUUUAAACAAACACAGAUUUCUUACCCCAAAAUUUAUUGAUUAUUAGAACUUAAAAAUAUGCUUUGAUGUUCGAUGGUUGUAAGUGAAGUUUAUUUAUGGCCAUGGUCAAUCUAAAAAUUUAAUAGAUUCAAGUCCAUUCAAAGCAUUGCCAGAAUCAGGUUAAAUAAUGAUUUAUAAUGGAGUGUCCACAGCGUUUUCUCACAUUCAAGCCACAAUAUAUAAUAUGUAUAAGUAUAUAUACUUGAUAGUAUUAUUAAUUUUUUCCAGUACUGCAGUAGAUUCUUGAACUCAUUUAUUUUAUUUAAUUGACAGCAAAUUAAACUCUCAGUUGUCAGGACAACUCCCACCUCCUCCUGGGUCAAAAAAAUCUCACAGUCGUUCUCUGUCAGGCCAGUAUAGAGGUGUUGUGCCUGAUGCUCCUUCAGUGGUGACCAGUCAGUCAGGCCAAUUUUCUUCCCAAGUGAGUAAAAAAAAAAAUCUUAAAAUUUAGCUUAUGAACAGUUGUGAAAUAAAUGUGUGGUGCAAUAGCUUUGUUCACCUCCUCAAUAAUUUCUUCUCCUAUUCAUCGUAUCUGCCAGGUGUUAUUUAAUAGACUGAUGAAUUUUUAAAGAAAUGUAUUUUUAAAAUUCCUAUUAUUACUGAGCUAAGAUUAAUUUUAUACCAGUAAUAGAAAAACUAGCUUUAAUGAGUUCAUCUAAUAACCUUUUCUGUGUUAUGUUUAAGUUACUGCUCACAAUAGCUAUUUUAACGACUGAAACUCCAUUAUUUCACAGACAAGUUUACGGGAUGAUUCUCCGCUCAACUCCAAGUCACCCCCAUUUUCUCCAACACAGUCACCACCAACAUCUCCGGCCAAUCAGAAGCCUCUUGUGAAACAGAACACAGCACCUGCUAUGGUGUUUGCGAACUCGCUAACAAAUCUAGCAACAUUAUCCUCCUCAUUGCCACCAUCUACAACAAUGACCAGCAGUUUAGAUAGUGUGGAUGCUUCACGCCAUCUUGUCAACCCCAGUGCCAUGACCAGCGAGGGUGGACAUGUUAACCCGGUCGCUCUGAGUGACACAGUGGUUCCCUCCAGAGUUGUGGUUUUGCCAAACUCGGUCAUCCCCUCGGUGGGUCCUAGUCAAGUACACCCUCCGCAAAAUCCACAACUACCACAACAUCCGCAAGGUCUGGAAAAUGGCAACUGGACCAUGUUUGAGGAUGAAGAGAGUCACAGUGAGUUUUAUGUGUGUCUUAUCUGUGGACAGAUAAGUUUGAACAUGAAGUUUUUUUUAAAAAGAGAUAAUUAAGUUAGUUUGUUGCUCUUUAAAAUUUGUACAUUUCUAAGGGUCUUAUUUUGGCUAUAUCUCUUUUAUUUAAAUUUAAAAUGUGCAAUAAUGCUUACUUACAUUGAGCUAAAUAAUAAUGCUUACUUACAUUGAGCUAAAUAAUAAUGCCUACUUACACUGAGAUAAAUACAUCAGUUUGAUGUACCAUAACAGAAGUUCAUAUACAUAUUUAUUUUUAAAGACUCUUCUUAAGACUUAAACAAAAAACACAGAAAUAGUAAUUUCAUCUAUUGAAAGUAUCAGUCCAAAUUUUUAGUUAAACAUCAUUUCAUUUGGAGUGUGAUGUUCAUUAUUAAAUUUAUCUUUGAAUUUAUUCUUUUCAUUUUUUGUGGGGUGGGGGGGGCGGUGGGUAGAUUUAAGUUAAAUAUCUCAGCAAUUUGACUGUUAUAUCACUAUAAGAUUUAUGACCACAGGUUUCCUUUACCUCUCCCUAGAAUGAGAUAUUUUGUAGCUUUCACUUAAGAAAGUUUAAUGAGCGCCUCUUAUUUUCCCAGUGUUGAUUGGGCCUGGUGUCAAACAACACUAUAACAGCUUAGAACCGCCCAACUUUGAUUCGUCAUCCAUGUCAUCAGAGGCUGAUAGUGUGGAUGAUGUCUGGACCAUCAAUGAUGAACAGAGAGAGUAUUAUAUAAACCAGUUUAAAACAAUGCAGCCUGACCUAAGCGCAGUCAUAACAGGUGAGUGUUUGGCUGGUCUAGACACUUGCAACAUUUAUACAUGAUUGCUUUCAUAGUUUUUUGCAUCAUACUGGGCAUGUUCUGGGGUAUGUUCAUAUUGACUAGAUAUGCUAAUACCAAUGAAAUUUUUGUUUUAACAAGGGAAAUCACUGUCUUUUCUUUAUUGUUGAAAUUUAAUACAAAUUAGAUUAGAAUUGUUUUUAAAAAAAAGUAAAAAACAAAAAAAAAGGGGUGGGGGAGAGAUACCCACACAUUAGUGGUCCAACUGUGGCCAUUUGUUCCUUAUAAAUAUUUUUAAACAGACUGUUGAUUUUUUUCAUAUAGCCAUAUUCAUGUGUACAUUUGUAAUGUAAGGCAUAUUCGAAAAUAAAAAUACAACUCUGUGUCCCAGGUCCUGUGGCCAAACAUUUCUUUGAAAAGUCAAAAUUACCUGUAAUUGAGUUGUCAAAAAUAUGGUAAUUAUUUUUACUUCAUUUCAUUUUAUAUGCAUAAUUUAGACUUUCAAAAUCAUAACUUAAUAAUUAUUACUUCAUUGUUUUAAUGAUUUUGUUUUUAUUCUUUGUGAUAUAUCAAGAAAAUGUAAUCACAUUGUUUUUGUAAUGUAUAAUGUUAGUUAAAUAAUAAUACUCUGUUUAUUCUGUAUGUUAUAUACCUGAAAUUAUUUGCAGAUAAUUGACUUUAAUCUGCAUUAUAAAUAUAUCACUGUUCAAAUGCAAUGUUAAUACAAGUAUAGAGAUAAUUAAAUCCAUUUUUAUUAAAGCAUUUAAACAAAUGAUCUCAUAAUUUAUUGAGAGAAUUAAAAUUUCAAUAAUUAGAUGUCAACUGAUGUUAGCCAAUUAUGAUGUUUCCCAUAUCAGGCAGUUAUCAGAUCUUAACUUUGACGGAGCCCUGUCGCUUGAGGAGUUUUGUAUUGCCAUGCACUUGGUGGUGCUGAGGAGGAAUGACAUUGAGCUUCCAGAUCACUUGCCCAUCUCACUUAUGCCAUAUUCCACCUUAACAAGUGGUCAGUAGUACUUUAUAAGAUUAUUUGAUUGUUUUCACUUAUCUAUUCCUUACAAGAUGUUCUGAGACAAGACUCAUCGGGGGUAGCGUUCAAAGCAGAGCGGGUUAAAACUUUAAAGACAAAUCUAUCUGGAUCUUUUAUUUCUUUGUAUAUUCUUGCUUCAAAAACCAAUCAUUUCAGGCUGAAGAAGGGAUAUCGUAAGAAAAAUGUUCUCAACAUGUGACCCUGAUGAGCUAAAAAUAAUUAACUUAAAUAAAAUUGUUUUCCUGGUGUAUGAAAUACAAAUAAUAGCAAACCAGACUAAUUAAAAUUAAAUUUAAAUGAAUUUUGUUAAUUUCAGAUGAACCAUUUGCAGCUGACCUUCCCCCAGGUAGUACUCUGAAGCGAGCAACACCACCUUCUCCACAGUCCAAUGUCGCACAGGUUUGUUUAUCUUGCAACUUAGUUUUAUUAAACAUACUAAGGGAGUUUUAAUUUUCAAACCGUGCAAGUUAUUUAAUUUCAAUAUAACAUUUACAAAAAAAAUUAUGACUUUGAUAGCAGCUCAUUGUAUAUGGUGUUUGAUUUCAGUGGACUGCCUUUGGGAGAGAAUCACCAGAUUCCAAUGGAGUUCCCUCCCCUGCUCACCCAGUCAACUUUGAAUUUGCUAAACCCAGUGUUGAUCCAGUGAGUGAAUCAAAUUGUAGGGACAAAAUUUGAGACCAUUUCCUGGGGCUUUCAAUGUUUAAAUCAGUUCUAUAAUAUUUCAUUGAAAAUUUUUAAAAAAUGUGUUUAGGUGAAGUUAACAAUUUUGAAAUGAGCUUUCAAGUUUGUAAUAAUUUGAGAGUUAAUUUUUUUUUAAUUGAUAAUAUUGCAUUGUAGGUUUGGGAGUGAGAGAAAUUUACUUUAGAAACCUAAAUAUAAAAUUAUUGUGUACUUUGACUCAUGAUAAGUUUACAAAUCACAGAACCUUUCUGUUGAAAAACUGAUAUAAUAUUUAUAUGGCUGUAUUAUUUAUGUCCAAAUCCAUUGUUUGGCUUAAUCUUCUUAAUAAAAUAUUCUCUCCUAUUAAAAAAUUUAUAAAAUGCUAACAUUUUUAAUUCAUAUUUUCAAACAAGGGUUGGUCGUGAUAAAAGUUGUCCAAACUCAUAACAUUGCAUCAUGCCUCUCAUUUAAAAAAAAUAUUUUAAAAUUUAAGUGGAUUUCAAUUUUUAACUUGAUCUUAUUUCAAGCAAAGUUCCCUUUUUUUAAGUAAAAUAUAGAGAUUAUACCUUUUGAAACAAAAUAAUCAUGAAUGAGGGUUUUACUAUAUGAGACACAUAAAUUUCCACCAUAAUACUGUUCAGGACUAUUUUGAUUUUAACCUUUUGCACCAUUGAAUAUUGACAGGAGUCGAAAAUUGUACAGCCGGUUCCUGUUCACAAACUGCCAGAGAUGUUGCCUUUACAGAAUGAGGGAUAUGAUCGUGGUAGGGCAUUUUCAGGUAGUUUGGUGCUGGCUGCUUGCGCCAUUUCUAAUCUCUAUUUGUCUGCUGUCUCUUAGGUGUUCACCUUGUGUUGUAGAGUCAUUUGGUACCACUUGGUAAAUAUAACAUGAAAGCUAUACAAAAUUUCUUAAAUUAUGUUUUUUUCUAAAAAGUCUAGUCCUGUGAUUUAAAUAAUUUGAACCAAAGUAUUGGAAAAUAAGAUACAGGUUUUAUCUACAUUUCAGACCUUUUCUAAAUAUCCUAUCAUAUAAUUAUUUUGAACAAAAAGUCUUAAACCUUAGUUUGAUCGCAGCCAAAGCCAAAAUAUAGAAAACUAUAGACUUGCAAAAAUAUAGUUAUUUUAUUUCAGAGUUAAUGUGGUGUCUGACAAAAGUAAGAAGCAGUUGUUUUUUCUAGGAAAUAUUGCAUCCAAAAGUUGAAAUUCGUAGUAAAUUUGACACCAAAUCAAUAAAAUUAUAAUUUUCUUUAAUUCACUAUAUGAGGCAACAUUAAGCAACAUAUCAGCAUAGCACAUUUGUGCUAGUUGUAACACUUGCUUUAAAACAACCAGAUUACCAUACAGUAAAAAUUGAUACAUUAAUUUUGGAGCAGAUGGUUUUGUAUAUGCUUAUAUUUGUUUUGCCAACAAAUCCCAUUAAAAAGUUUUUUCACUAUCAGCAAAGCUUUGACUAAAAUAAAGUGUGAAAUGUAAACAAAAUAACUUUUUUUAAGCCGUAUAUUUAAAAAAAAUAUCUAAUUUGAUUUAUUUAAUUUUUUUGUGUUAGCCUGUAUUGACCAUAAAGGUUUGGACGCACUUUAGUCUCAGUGCAUAGAAUUAUUUUUAAAAAUACAAGGUGUUGUUUUAGAAACACAAUUUUUAAAAUCAAUUUUUCCGAAGGAUGAUUUCAAAAAUAAAGUUGCUGAAAAUUAUAAAUAAAAAGAUUUUGACUCAAAAAUUAUGGACACCUUGUUUUUUAAAAUCUCUAUAUUUUCUGAUAUAAAUCUCCCUUCGGUAGCUCAAACUAUUUCUUUUGCAUGAUGCUUAGCAUGGCAUAGAUUUUCAUGACUGUUUAUAAAUAUCAAUUUAUUCACAGUAUAACCACUUUAUUAAUCUUUAUUUAAUUUAUAUAACACAUAAUAUCUUUUCCUAAUACUAUAUUGGGGCUAUUUUAAAAUAAUUUUGUUUCAUAUUUUAUUGUCGGAUUAGGAGUUUUGAGAGAUUCUGGGGUCCUUGGCAUGCUAUUGGGAAAUGUUGUAAAUACUAUAAUGGCAUUUCACUUUCUUAAGAUUACAUCCAAUCAGAACUUGUUUUUUUAAUUUUGUGUAAUUUUGGGGAAGAACUCCAAGAAGUAUUAAAAAGAAAAGUCUUAUAAUUUGUAAUUUGAAGCUUUAUUUAAAGUGCUGCAUAGGUGAUCGUCAUCUAAAAUCUUUAUUAUAUUUUAGCUUUGCUUCUAACAUUAAACAUCUCUGAAAAGCAUUUGCAAAGCAUGUAAUGAUAAACAAACAUGUAAACAGUAAUUAAAAUAAAUUUAAUCCUAUAUAAUUUGUGGUAUUUGAACAUGUAACAUGAGUUUGUGGUAGACCUAUGCCUAGAGUGGUAUUAAAUAAUAGGACAGCAAAGAGACUCAUUGGGAUAAUCUAUGUGUUGUAAGGUUAGCAGUAAGAAACAAUAAAACUGUCCAGUAUUCCCACCCAAAAAGAGCUCACAGUUCAUUGACUGAUGUUAACCAAUAACCAACUAUGUUCCUUUUUUACUUAAUGGGUCUGCCUCUUCAGCAGUUUAUAGAACAGUUGUUAAACUUACUUUAGAAAAAAAUUUCGUUCAUUUCCAUUUUGCAACAAUAGUCUUAAUUGAAAUAUUUAUACAGUGUCGAGUGGAAAGGAGCUUGGGUUGUUUGUAUCGGUGUGGUACUCGCUACACAAGAGUUGCAGAUAAAUGUUAUUUCCUAUGUUUUGUCAGAAUAUGACAUUUAAAAUUCUUUUGAUAUUGUACAGACGUGUGCAUGUCUGUUUGGUGUUGUGUAUGUGUACAUGUGUUUCACAGACUCCUCAGUGCCACACGAAUCUGGGGGGACUGACCCAGGGGAGACAACCCCUCCCCUCACCAAGCAGAGGGCAAACACAGAGUCCCACAACAUUGAUUCUAGUCACUUGGAGACCCCCAACUCUAAAUAUAGCACACCAAUACAUGGGCGGCCCCGGCCUGUCCCGCCUAAAAAGAACAGCACAACCACAGGUAUAUUAUAUUAAACAGCUCUAUGACAGGUAAACAUUGUCUCUUGAAAUGGCAAAAUAGAUAUCUGUGUUCAAAAAAGAGGGUGAUCUGAAACUGGCUCAUUAUUUUCUCAUUUUUUCGGUAAUUAUAUCAUUUAUCUGUAAUGGAUUUCCUAUAGAUCAGCAUAUUCUUGUGCGUAAUAAUAAAAGUUAUAACUGAUCUGCUUAGAUCAUUUCAUCUUAUGAGGUAUCUUAUACUUUGACCUUAGCUAUUAUAACUACAUUUCCACACAAAUCAUUGUGAUUUACAAGUCUGGAGUAAAUCACCCUCUUACAGCAUAUAUCUCGCUAUUGCCUUCCAGGGACAACAAAGUAAACGAUUAAAAAAUGUUACAAAAUUUAUUUUUUUGAGUCAGCUUCAUGUUUUCAAGGAUUGGGAAAAGUAAGUUUGUUAAAAUAAGAAAUUAGAAAGUUGAAAUUUACUUCAUUAUUUUUUUUAUUAUAUAUUUUUUUAAUAUAAAAAUAUAAUUUUUUUAAAAAUGAGAGCUUUGUGUUUUGUGCUUGUAAGACUUUAACCAAAUUUGCUGUAUAAUUUGCAGGAUAGACUGUUGCAUCUUUUAAUACAUUUUGUUAAUGUGGUCUAAAUAUUUUUUUCCUAUGUAGCUUCUAAUUUUAGUUGUUUUCAACCAACUCCUUAGAUGGAAUUUAAAUUUGGCUUCUUUAAUGCUUUAUUUUGGCUUACUUAACACAAGUGAAAUGUUUAGUGUUUCCUAAUGGAACUAUGAACAUCAACUCUUGUUGUGUGUUUUUGUGUAUUUAAAUAGAUUUUUUCAAAAUGAUAUGUUUGGAUGUGUUAAAUGUAAAUUUUUAAAAAAUAUUAUAAUUCGGAUAUAAUAUCAAUACUUUAUCAUUUUUUAUUUUAAUUUUUUGGGUCUAUAUAAAUGAACGUAAAUUGGAUUUGGUUUCAGUUUGAAUUUGUGUAUUGCAUGGAAGUUGGUUUUGUAGUAUUGAAAGCAUUUUUAAAAAUAAUGUAUAUAAAUAUUAUUAUUUUAUCCUUAAUGAUUAAAAUGUACAAUCAAUGAAAAAUACUCUUUCAGACCUCAAGGAGAUCUCUUUGAAAACCUUCAUGAUUGUUUUAUUUAACUAUAACUUAUGGCCUCUCAACAAUCUGAUUGCAUACAUGCUCUUCAGAUUGCCUAACACAAAUGAAUUCAAGGAUAUUGUACUAUUUUAAACGUCUUGGUCUAGGUGUAGACACAAAAAUGAUCUUGUCAUUAGUUUUGAUCCUCGUGUUGUAAAGUCUCAAAUAGUGGGGUAAUACUUGAAGGAACAAAUUUAAUGGUUUUGGAAGUGGUGAAAAAAAAAAUGUAAGAAUUGAAUUUGCAAGAAAUUUUCAUUGUACUUUUUGCCUUUACUAAUUUUACUAUUGGGUUACUAAGACUAAGGUGUAUGUGAAAAAAAAGGGAGUUGGGAGCUAGUUUGUUAUCAUAGCGCUGAAAGAUCAGUAAUACUUCUGGAUUUGUUUAUCUUUGACUAUUUCAAAAUCUAAAUAAUCUAAAUUCUUAGUUGUCGGUCUACUUUACCAGUGAUUAUUUUUGUUUAUUCAGUCAAAUAGUCUUAUUGUUAAUGUUAGAUCUCAAUAAAAUGAAUAAUGUUACCCUGUUUUUUUUUUGCCUUUCACUUAAAUCAUGAGGCUGAUUUGGAUAUUGAAAUUUCCCAUUAGCAAGGAAUCAUCUUGACUGUUUAUGACCGAAUUCUUCUAUUGUAAAGUUAUUGUGGUAAAGUAAAAUCCCUUUGAGGUGAAAUGGUUGAUGAUAUGCUAUACACAGCUAUACAAUUUGGAUGUGAGGGUUGUCUGAAACAACUGUGUACACAAGGCACUCUGAGCUCUUUAUUCAUCUCACCAUUGUAUGUUUUUGUUGUCUUGAUAACACAGUCCCUGCUGUGUUGAUAGGCCAGCUGCAACCACCGCCCGGGUCUGUGCCAGAAGGGGCAGCCGCGGCUGGCGGAGUGUUUGUUGAAAGACCAAAUGAUAUUACCGGAGGGCAGAGCCACGGCCCACCAACACCACCACCUAGACCACCUCAUGGCAGGAGUAUGUCAGUUGAUGUGAAAUCAAGUAAGUUCAUCUACAUUUAGCGUGCUGAACAUCAUUUAUAUAUAUGUAGCUGUGAUUGGGACAGCAAAAAAGAGGAACUUUUGUCUUAUUUUCCAUUUACCUUUCAGAAGUUGUAUUUAUAAACAACACUUGAUGAAAAAGUUCUUAGCAGCUCCGUUUAAAAGCUCCCCUUCCCAAACUUAUUCAUCAUAUCAGAUAUAUUAUAAUAAAAAAUUCGCGGGUUACAUUUUUCCCCAACCCUCUUGUCUGCCUUAUUAACAUAAUUUUCAUGUAUCCACUCGUUAAUUCUAUUGAUUUGUUAUUUUGUUUCACCAUAUUGGUCCCCUUCUCCACAUUUUUUCACAUAAUUGUUUCGGUUCUUGUUUGUGUAAAGAAGGAAUUUGUGCCCAGCCUUUUUUAUUUGUCUUUGCGUUUUGUUUUCAGUCAUUAGGCUAUGAAUCUUGUAAAAUUUAAUUUCAUUUGCUUGGUAUUUGAUGAAGGCUUGUAGCUGAAAUAUACUUAUGUACUUCUAUUUUGUCUUACUAUACUUGGUACCUACACAAAAAGAUUUUAUCAUAUUUCACAUAUAUUACAUCACUGUUUAUCCACAAUCCCAUCCAAAGUCAGCAGUACUCUUUUAACAACAUUAUUUUAAUCCACAAUCCUAUCCAAAGUCAGUAGUUCUCUUUUAAUAACAUUACUUUCAUCCUCAAUCUUAUCCAAAGUCAGUAGUUCUCUUUUAAUAACAUUACUUUCUUCCUCAAUCUUAUCCAAAGUCAGUAGUUCUCUUUUAAUAACAUUACUUUCUUCCUCAAUCUUAUCCAAAGUCAGGUGUUCUCUUUUAAUAACAUUACUUUCUUCCUCAAUCUUAUCCAAAGUCAGUAGUUCUCUUUUAAUAACAUUACUUUCAUCCUCAAUCCCAUCCAAAUUCAGCAUAUUCUUUUAACAACAUUACUUUCAUCCUCAAUCUUAUCCGAAGUCAGUAGUUCUCUUUUAAUAACAUUACUUUCAUCCUCAAUCUUAUCCAAAGUCAGUAGUUCUCUUUUAAUAACAUUACUUUCAUCCUCAAUCCCAUCCAAAUUCAGCAUAUUCUUGUUAACAACAUUACUUUUAUCCUCAGCCCCACAGCUGAUUGCCCCAGCUGUUCCCCCCAGAGUUUCACCAAAAGAAGUCAGUCAUGUAAGUGUGUAACUCGUCAUGAGAUAUUUAUCAAUGGAAUCUCAUCUCACUGCUACAACUCAAGAGUCAUUUCAGUGUUAAGGAAAUAGGACAAUUUAUAAAAUAAACUUGAAGAAUUAAAAAUAAUUUUUGUUUUAAAGUAUGCGUACAUUGUAGUUUCUGUUCUCAAUAUUCCUUUUUUUUUUAAAGACUUCAAAAUUUAAUAUUAUUUUAAAAGUAUGCAAGCAAUGAACUAGAUUUUAAAAUAUCUUUUUUACUGAAAUGCUUUUAUUUAUUUUGUUUAUAAAGACCUGAAAUUAUAUUUUAAACAAUUAUAUUCAAUUUUUUCUCCAGGUCCAGUUGUUAAGUCAGAAGCCAGGGGAGGCAAUCACAGGUGGUGUUGAGGUAAUUUUUCUGUGGCUAUAUUGGAAUACAUUUCUUACACAAAUUUGACUGUGAGGAAGGAAAUAAGAACUAUGUAAUUCAUUUGAAUUUUUCCCUUAUUGUUGAAGAAUCCAAUAGUUCUAAGUUUUUAAAUAAUCUUCCUUAUAGUAAAAGUUGUCAAAUGUUUGUGUAUCUUCCCCAGUCACCCAUUUAAGAAAAACUACAAUGUUUAUUUGUUGUCUUGUCUUAGCUGUGUCGUGUUAAUUAAACUAAGUUUUGUCUGAAUCAUGUUGUUUUGUCUGAACUUAGGGUGUGUUGUCUUAACUAAGUUGUUUUGUGUGAACCAUGUUGUGUUGUCUGAACUAUGGUGGGUUGUUUAGGAAAGUUGUCUAUUGAUUCCUUCUAUAUGUACACACUUGCCCCAUCAAUUGUUAACCAAAGUAUUCUUUUGGAAUAUGUACAGACUUGUUGAAUUGUGUUAGAUUUAAACGGACCAAAUACAUUACUCAAGUUAAUUACUUUUUUAAACUAUCAGGGUAAAACACGGCUCCUAAUUAAAUAUAUGUCCAUGUUUCAGUAUUUGUGUUGUUCUCUACUUAAAGUAUUUUUCAUUUCAACCAUUGAUUUUCAGGUGUACAAUGAUGUAUAUUGUAUUCAUAAGUCAUUCCUUAUCAAUGGGCUUUAGCUAAAGAGUCAUUGUUUUAAAGCUAUCACUGAAUGAUUGAAACAAGUACAUUUGUCAGGCUAUCACUGAAUGAUUGAUACAAAUACAUUUAUCAGGCUGAGCACUGCCAGGGUUUUCAUGCAGUUGAUUUCCUUUCAGCAUAAGCCACUUUCUAAAAACAUACAGUCAAUGGUGCAGACGCACCGCCGAAGUGUGUCCUUAGGCGUGAAAUUGGUGAGACUCACUCAUUGAAAAAUCUUAGGGAAACCAUUUGUUCUAAUCAAGCUAGCCAGGUUUUGGGAUCAGCUUGUAACAUGUAUCACUCUGUCAUUUUAUUUGGCCACAACCAGGGAAUUCUAUCAUUUUAUUUCCCCACAACCAGGGAACUUCGCAUGGCUCAAACUUUACCUUUUCUUUAAUAUGGUCUCAUUUAUUUUGAUUAGUUAAAUAAACUUUACAUGUAAAGAUAAUAUAUUCCCGAACGUUUAGUUCAUGUAUUUUUAUUUAUCCCAUGGAAUUAUCUUUUCAAUAAACUUUCUAAAGAGUGGCAUAAUAAUAAAGAAGUCAAUUCAUUUUUUGGGGUUAAUUUUAAUUAUUAAGCAAAUUUUUAAACCUUUCCCAGUCAUUCGUUGCUCAAUACAACAACAACUAACCUGAAACAUCUAAAUUGUCACUACUAAAUGUAUUAAAUAUUUUUUUAGCAUCAGUUAAUUCAUUCAUUCCAUUAAAUUCUCAUUGCUAACUAAUUAAUGAUUAAACUUUAGAAGCCAGUUAUUCAUAAUUUUAGUCUUCGAUGCCAAGAACUCAUGGGUCUGUAUGAGAGUUUUUUUUUUUUUAACAAGUUUUAUACGGUACCAUGGUUUUAAAAUGAGGAGGGAAGGAAUCCUAACAUAUUUUCAAUAUCUUUCACAGUAAUAUUACAAACUCUUAACUAAUUAUUGAUAUUGUUUUGGAACUUGUUUGUAAAAGGCAUUCAAAUGACCAGAAAGGUGAAGUAACAACUAAAAGAAUGAAGACUAAGUAAUGCUCAAACUAAGCUAUAAAUGAUUUUGUAUAGCUUAUUGUAACACAUCUAACACCCAAACACACAUCCGAUACAGUUCAACCGGUUCUCUCUACUUGUACAUCACAAAUUUCCACUUCGCACUCGCUAACAAAGGGUUGACCAAGUAGUAGAUUUAAAUAGAGAGAGAAAAGGUAAGGCAAUGUAAGGGAAAAUAUAAUAAAUAGCUCGAAAACUAUUGUAGCCCAUUUUCUUGAAAUAUAUAUUCUUGCCUACAGCCCACUAAAAUAUUACCCAAGUCAUUAUGUUUCAGAGCUGACACCCGUAAACAAGAAAACACGUUCCCAUUUAAGGCUAGUUUGAAAGAACUUAUAGGGAUUUGAUAUAAAUAUAUAACAUUUAGUUGUAACACACCCUCUCUUAGGAAAAAAAUUGGCCAUUAGAGGCAUUUUUUUUUUUUUACCAUUGACAGCAUUUUUUUUAUAAAGUAUAAUAAUAUACCUGUAGUAUAAAAUAAUAUUUAGCCUUAUUAGAUGGUAACACCCAAAUAACCUAACAAAUAAAACCAUUCUCAAAUAAUGACUAAAAAUGAUAUCAUUAUAGCUGAUAUUUUUUUCAAUUCAAACUUUAAAAAACUUGUUCAUGAGAACAAGUACAAGGAGCAUCCAUGAUUAAAAUAGUGGAUUUCCAUGGUGCAUGUUUUGUCUUGAAUUUUAAACAUACAGAUUUAAUUUUACAAUGCACAAUUUUUACACCUGAUUUUUUUUUGUACAAUGACGGUCUGGGAAUUAAUUUAUAAUUUUUGUGAGGGUAAUUUCAUUAAAUUGUCGACCUUUUUAUUUCAAAUUUGUAAUUUUUUAUGAAACACUGAUUGAAUUAUUACUUAUGUAUGUGGGAGAUGUUAUUUGUUGUAAUAAAACCUAUUUAUAUCUUGUAACAUAUAGUUGAGCAUAUUUCACUACAUUUUUAAUGGCUAAGAAGUAAUCUUACAAAAUGUAAUGGUUUGUAUAAUCACAGAUUCAUGAAAAAAUAAAACAAAGGCUAGCAUGACAUUUUUGGCUCAUAGCGUAAUUGUUGUAAUUAGUAAUAUAACUUCAUAAUCAAUAGGUUGCAAAUAAUCUUUUAUUUACAAAUUGUUUAUUUGAGAAAAUUAUUAUAUGAUUAUUAUUAUUAUUAUUUCUAUGUGAUAUUUCUGAUUUAAAUGACUUUAAAUAUUUAAAAAAAUGAUAUUAUUGAUAUACUUCUUUUUUUUUUUAUUUUUUUUUUUUAAACUUUAUAAAUAAUUGUCAGACUCAGAUUUAAACAACCUUUUUCAUCUCACAUUUUCAAAUGCAGUGAAAUAAUACACAACUAUCAAUACCUGGAUUUAAGAAUGAAGUGAUUAUUUUUGUAUGUAGUUCAAGGACAAAAUUGUAUCUUGUUUUGCCUAGAUUUAUUGUACCAAAUAACCAUUAUAACGAACUACCAUAAAACUUGUCUUAGGGAAUAUGUGUUCUAAACAAUUAACAGAGAUAUAAACAAUAAUUCCACAGGGCUUUGCUGCCGCUCCACCAGAGUUGCCACCAGGUAAAUAAAUAUUGACUUGUAUUGAAUUUCAUACAUGCAUUUCAUCUUUAUGUUAGUCUGAAGCCUGAACACGGGAAACUUCAACACUGUAUCAUAAAGUCUUUUAUUUCAAUGAGGAAUUCAAACAUAGUAACAUAAAGUAUUUAAAAAUUCAUAUCUGCCAUUGAAAAGAAAAUUAACAUAAUAAAUAUAAUACACUCAAGACAUUUAAAUAAAAUAAUUUUGUAGUUUUCAUUUUAAUAAACCAUGAAAUCCUCUUGUUUUAUUUUUAAAAUUAUUAAUCUGUACAUUGCAAUCCAAACAUUUCCAUUUAUUUAGAUCAAUAAAAUAAUCCAUAUCUUAUCAUUUAAAUUUCUUUUUUUUUGUAAUGUUACAGAAAACAUUGAGACAGCAUUGGUUGAGAAGGUAAUUUAGCAGUUUUAAUUUUUAUUUAUUAUUGCAAAUGACACACUAGUUGAGAAACCUUAAAUUUCUUAAUUUGUCAACAGGCCAUGUUUAUAAAAAAUGAAAGCAUAUUCAAACUUCCAAUACUUGAACUUUUCUCACGAUGUUGAAUUAAAAUUUCUUUUAUUUGUUAUGAUCCAGCAAUAAUUAAAAAAUUAUAAAUGUAUUUUCCUAACACAGGACAGAGCAGAUGAUGAGGACAGCACACCAGACAGUGCAGUCAGAGAACGACUUCAUCCCAAGCCUGCUAUGGCUAUCAGGUACAGUUCCCUCUGUUACAUGCGAUACAGUUACAUUUUUGGCAUGAUGCAAUAUGACAAAUUAAUGAUGAUGCUACAGAUGCCAUGGGAAGAAAUAGACAAACACCCCCCCCCCCCCUUCCCCCAAUUUGGCAUGUAAUGAAUAACAGUCAAUUACAAAUGACAGGAUUAUAAUAAUAAAUUGUAAAUUACAUUUUUGGCAUGAUGCAAUAUGACAAAUUAAUGAUGAUGCUACAGAUGCCAUGGGAAGAAAUAAACAAACACCCCCCCCCCCCUUCCCCCAAUUUGGCAUGUAAUGAAUAACAGUCAAUUACAAAUGACAGGAUUAUAAUAAUAAAUUGUAACAAAAAAAAAUUCAAAUUAUGUUUUUGACUCUUUUUAAAAUAGUUAUGAAAGAAAAGAAAAAUGCUUUUAGAAGUUUUAAGUCCCCUUAGUAAACAUUUUACUGGUCACCUGGUGUAGGACUGAGUUAAACCUUUUAACUAAAUGAAGAAGAACUUAUGUCAUGUAUUAUUGACAGUCAUCAAGGGCAGCUUUUCCAAAAGUUUUAAGUUUGGCAGACUGGUGGACAGGUUUCGACAUUGCAUCAGGGACCACUGCCAGAUUUAUUCAUUAUAUUUUAUUUGAUUAUAAAUGUUCAGACCAGCAACGUAAGGCUCACUAUAUGGGGAACGCUGAAUUAGUUAUAAUUUCAAUAAAUUCUGUCACAUCCAUCACAAUGUCAUAUAUGUAUUUUAUUGUAUAUUGACAGACAAGGGAGCCGUGAUCGCAGGGAUAUCCACAUGGCUGUUCGCACCCACAAGGAGCGCAACACAAUGUUGACGAGACUCAACAGCGAGCUGAAUCAAGAACUUCAGGAGGUGAUGGAGCAGCGCAUCGCGUUAGAGAUACAGCUGGAGCACCUGCGGCCUUUCUCCAGCUAGCAGAAGACGGCCGUUGCGUAGAAGGACUGAUCAACUUAAGGGCAUUGUCACUGUAACAAUUACAACUUUGACCUCCUGAGGACUCCUGCUUGUAUUCAUUCCUCCUAAGUUUGUUACAUUUGGAUGGUUUCACCUAUUGGUAGUAUACCUAGUAUUAAUUAUACCAUCAAGGAUGUUUUUAAAAAUGUUUUCAUUUUCAAAAAAAAAAAAUUAUUAUUGCAUGACUACUUAACAAUAUCACAUAAUAAUUUGUUCCUAAAAAAAGAAUAUGAAAUAACAUCUGCGCUGUUAAUUUAGAUAUGUUUCAUUUCAGUUGACAUGAAAUACAUUAGGAUUCAAUCCUUUUUGGCCCCAAAUAAUUGGAUGAUUGAAUAAUGUCAUGUGUAGAAGAGUACAUAAUUAUGUUGUGUUCUUACCACAUCAACAGCUGUCUUGAUUAACCAGAUGUCCCUGAUGCAUUUCCUGUUUGCUUUUGAGGAAAAAAAAUGUUGUGCUCCCAUGAAAUAUGUUGUUUUUUUCAAGUUACCUGUAUCAUAUCAGGACUGGAAUGUUAAAAGACAACUAGAUUUUUACAAUUUUUUAGUUCAUAUGAAAACAGACCCUCUGUGAAGACAAUAGCUGUAGUCUUAGUCAUAACCGCAGACCCUAAGUUGUGAAUUAAUUUUUUUACUUUAGCUCUGUUAGAAAUAUUGUAAACUCUAGGAACAAAAGCACACAAUGAAAUUAUAAUAUGAUAUUUGGGUCGGGAUAAGAGCUUGCUUUCAACACUUUGUCUUGGUAGUAGUCAAGUCCUCUUAGAGUCCUGAGUGUCAUGUUUUGGUAGUAGUUUAGUCCUCUAAGAUUCCCAAGUGUCAUCUGUUGCCAGGUUAGUCUCAUGUCAACGUGUUUUGGGAACCUUUUAAAUAAACUUCUCGGACUUGUUGUUGACUGAAGAACAGAAAGAGUUCUCUGUCGUCUGUAAUAAAACUGUGAAAAAUGUGAAAACAAAAUGAAUAAGUAUAAGCAGAGAAGGUCUGAGGGAAGAAGAAGACCAUGUGAUGUGAGUUAGAUUUAGAUCUGUGUUAUGUCAAUGAUAACCUUGUGUCCUUUCAGUGUCCCGUGUUACCGGAUUGUAUCUACAGUGUAUUAAACAAAUAUCUCACUGAGCCCUCUAUCAAUGCAAGGCUUGGAAUAACAUUGUAUGUAAUGGGUAAUGUAUCCAAAUGCUGUAAGAAAACACUAGAAGUAAAAACAGCUGAAUCUACUUGAUUCUGGACUCUCUCAUGUUACAAAAGCCCAUGCCUGUAAGGGUUGACAGUAUUAAACAGAACAUUGACUUAAUCUCUAGUCAUUCCCAUCAUUUGGAUACAAGGCUUACCAUAUUUUCCAUUAGAUAUAAAGCUAUUCAGGCAUGAAAUGAUUGCAUUCUUUUAUAUGGAGCUCUGUUCACAAUGGCAUUAAAGCAGUGUUACUCAUAGUAUGCCACAGGCUGUCAUCACAGUACGUCCUGUAACUUUGAUAUAACUUUGGCAUUAAAGCAACAGUUAUCAAUAAACUAUUGGCAGUUCAGUGUGCGUACAUUGAAAAGCAUUGCCUUGUUACAUUGGAAAAGUAUCCCUUGAAAAUAGUGGUAGAAUGAGAGGCACGAUGAGUAGGCAUUGUUGUGAUUGAUUGUUGAGAAAAUACUAAGUUGUUACAAGUGACAGCAAUGAGAUGCAGGCUUCGGUCACCUCCCAACUGCACUUGAUUCUUAGCACCGUAGUGCAAACGCACCCUUAAUAAGAAAUAAACCUACAGGCCACGAAGUAAACAUAAAUUAUUUAGUCUUAAAUGUUGUAUUCUGUUCAGUAAACAGAUCUAAAGAGUGAGUGUGUACAGAGUUGUAUGAUGUUGGAGGGUGUAUGCCUCCCCAUGCAUUUAUGUUGUGCUGACUAGCAAUACAAUGUUGCUUAUAUUUAUGUACUGAUAGAAAGGAUACUUGUUCAUUCAAGGGGAGACUUGAAGCAGGAUUGGAAACAUUGUCUGAGAUUUGCUGGUUGUGAAUAAACUAUUGGAGGCAGGUUUAAUUAUUCUGUUUAUAAAUAGUUUUUUUGUUUGUUUGUCCCAUUGAUUUUCCAAUCAUUUUGUUACAAUGUCUGAGUGGUUUUAAUCAUAAACAAAAAGAAUAUAAAGCCAAUUUAUCUGC